AUGGGUAAUCACCAACGGCCACCGGGUCAGCCCGAUACCAGCCCAGCGACCCACCGUCUCAUUCGCGCCGCCGACCACUACCUCCGCGAACGCAGUUUCGCCGACUGCUGCAACUACGCCCUCCGCGCUCGCGACUCCGACCCGACCCAUCCUGCCCCUACCUCUAUCCUCGCCGUGGCCACCGUCCUCGCCGCCCCGACCCCACACAACUACUACGCCGUCCUCGGCCUCCCGCAUUUCGAGCCCGACGCCGCUCGGAUUCGGUACCGGUACCGAACCCUAGCCUCCAAUCUGAACCCCAGUGUGAACUCAUACCCGUUCGCGGACGAGGCUCUGGAACUGGUUCUGACAGCGUGGUCCGUUUUGUCAAACCCUGAAGAGAAGGCAAGGUUCGACGAGGAGCUGAGGAAGACCCUGUCCGCUUCUGAUGGCGGCGGUUGUUCGUCGAGGAAUAGUGCUGAUACGUUCUGGACAAUUUGCCCCUACUGUUAUUACGUUUACGAAUUCGAGAGGGCUUAUGAGGAUUGUUGUUUGAGGUGUUCGAAUGAGAAGUGCAGAAGAGUGUUGCACGCGGUAGCUAUUGGCGGGCCCGGCCCCCCGCCGGACGUGGUGGAGAAGGGUCAAUACACGUGUGCCGGGUUUAUACCGUUGGGAAUUUCGGGUGGUGGAGAUGGUGGGGAGAAGUUGUGGUCCCCAUUCGAGCCACUGGUAGGGCCAGCUUGUAAUGUGGGGGAUCAAAAUGCUGCUAGUAAUGGAAAAGGGGCUGUGAUUGAUGUUUCUGAUGAGGUGAUGGUGGGAAGGGAAGGUGAUGAAACAGUAUGUAGUGAGUUUCAGGAUCUCAGCCAUGGAAAGAGGAUGAAAUUUGCAGUCGAAGCUAGUGAAUAUGGGGAAAUGAAAGAUUUCAAUGGCGAAGGACUUGCGAGAGAGAAUGAGAUUGCACUCAUGGAGAGGGGUGUGAAAGAGGGAAGAAUGAUGAGGGAAAAAUCUGUCCCAUGGAACUCGAAGAAGCUUAUGGGCAGAGGAGUGAAGAUUGAUGAAAAUCAGGCUAACUUGAUUUUUGGAUCUGGUGAAAGUGGAGAUUCGAAUGUGACUGAGAGCAGUGAAGAGGGUUUGGAUUUUGUGUUUGGAGGUGAAAUGACCAAUGGCUUUGAGAUUGAGAGCGGGGUGGAGUUUUUUGAGGGGGAUGACGAUGUUUUGAUAGGUCUGCAGGGUGAUUUUGACUUGGCCAGCAAGGAGUUAGUUCUUAAAUGUUUACCUAAUUGA